UCUUUAGCCUUUCAGAAUAAGCAGUUAAAGGGAUGGAAAUGUAUAAAAAUUGGGACAGUUGCAGUGAGAGUUUUUUCUCCACCAUCUGUCCUCCAAUAUAUGAGUAAUUAGAAUUUUAAAUUAUUCUGAAAUAAGUCAGAAACAACAUGAGGAAGCUGUGGUAAAAAGAAAUGAGGUGGUGAUGAGACACAAAAAGCUUCCUCUUUGGAUACUUUGUAUAUUAUCUUAGAAAGUAACGGUUUUGGUACUUUCUAUCAGUUUUUUUUUUCUUUUUUCUUUUUUUUUUUUUUUUGCUCAGUUUCCUGCUCAUCUUAAUCUCUGAAAACUGCAUCUCUGCUCAUAUAUGAUGAAUACAUCACAGUUCAAUACAGCUAUCUGGAACUAGUGAAUGAUAAUGAAAUUUUUGGUUCCCUCUUUCUCUCAUUGGGGGUGUGGCAUAUGAUCUCGUGUUGUAAUCAGAGGCAAACUGCAGAAAGAUCAGAUUUGUGAAAGACCGGAUUCAAUACCCUACUAACAGCGAAACACAAAGAUAAUUUCUGUCCUGGGGAAAUGGGGAGCGGACUGGAACCAGAUCAAGAAGCUAUGCUUAAUUUAAAUGAAAGUACACCAAAAACUUUAACCACAGAUUCAAACUUGUGCAACAACCUACAGUGCUACAUGGUCCUGAGCGAACCAGAGCAGAAAGCUAUUGGCUCAAUUUGCUUGCUAGCUGGUCCCGUGACUUUCCUGGAGAACGUUUUGGUCCUGGUGGUCAUUGCAAGCUCCGCCACGCUGCGCAGACGGCCAUCAUACCUGUUCAUCGGCAGCUUGGCACUGGCUGACACUUUUGCCAGCUGUGUCUUCACCAUAAGUUUUCUAUAUUUCCAUCUUUAUAGUAAAGGCAACAGUAAUGGCGACGGCGCUAAUAUCUAUCUGUUCAAGCUGGGUGGUGUCACAAUGGCCUUCACAGGCUCUGUGGGAAGUCUAUUGCUGACAGCGCUGGACCGUUAUCUCUGCUUUUACCAGGCUUCCAAUUACAAGGUGCUAUUGACACGCACAAGGGCCAAGCGGGCUAUAGUAUUAUUAUGGUGUGUAACAAUUAUAAUUUCAUUCCUUCCUCUGAUGGGUUGGAGGUGCACAACCAGAUUUGAUCCUCCUUGUUCCCGUCUUUUCCCCUUUGUGGAUCAUCGCUACCUGGCAUGCUGGACGGGCCUGCAACUUGUGGUGCUGUUCCUUAUCACAGUGGCUUAUGCCCUCAUCCUGUGGAAAGCAAACCGGCAUGAAGCAGCAAUGGGUGGAUCAAAGUUGAACCAUGAAGCAGCAACGGAUGGACCAAAGUUGGGGAGGCCGAGCAUAAAAGGACAGACUCGAAUGCGAAUGGACAUUCAUCUCGCACGCACCUUCAGUCUGAUCCUCCUAAUCCUCGCGGUUUGUUGGCUGCCUGUCCUUUCUUUUAUGAUGGUGGAUGUCAUGGUGACCCUUGAUAAAACACAACAGCGAAUAUUCGCUUUCUGUAGCACGCUCUGCCUGGUGAACUCGUGUGUAAACCCGCUCCUAUACGCCCUACGCUGCCGAGAGCUGAGGGGAGAACUGUUAGCACUGUUCAAAUGUUGCAGGGAACAUACUUUGGGAAAAACUCAUAGCCAAAAAAAUGAAAAUAAUUCUGGCAAAAAGAGCAAGGAUCAGACAGUGAGUAAUAGUAAUCCAGAUACUAUUUCUGAGAGUGUAGACAACCAGCAAAACAGCAUACAAAUCUUAUAAAGUCUUCAAGGUCAUCAUUUUCAUCCAUUUUGCUGAAAUGUAGUUCUUUAUUAUAGUAUGCCUUGCCGUUACAUUGCUUGUGAUAAGAAUUUGCAGGAUAUCAAAUAAAUUACAGUGUAAAGUGUGGGAAAUAUGAAAAUAUGAAAUGAAGAAGAUGGCAUUCUAAUAAGAACUUUAACAUGUUUAUAAAUUAAGGGAACAUACAAUAGGUCAGUGUGUAUUGUGAUCAGCUUUUGAUGUAUAAUGCUGUUUCUCUAAAGCCUUUUCUACAGGAGUGAAAUGACCUACUAAACACACUCAGAACAGCUGACUCAACAGCUACAUUUUGACCCAAGCAUAAAAUAUGCCAAAAUAUAUAUAGAUUACACUGUGAGACAAAAUACCUUCGACAUUUUUGAUGACUGCUGGCAAAAACAUCACCUCCCCUUUGGAAAGAUUGUACAUUAUGCUUUGUAGUACAUUCUGUAAUACACACUUCAUCUCUGCCUUCAUCACAUUUCUUGGCUGUAUGUCUUACUAUCACGAAGAGUAAUUGUUAUGAUACGAUAAGCAUAUUAUUGUAUGUUAAUUUGUUAAGAAAGAGUCUGCUAAUAAAGUAAAAUGCAAUGUAA